AUGCCUAUCAGUACAUCUGUGCUUGGUUUGCUUUUGCUUGCAUAUAUUUGUAUCCAAUGGAUAUCUUAUCCACUAGUGUUGCAUGUAUUAGCAGCUGAAGCAGAGGAUAUGUCUCCAGCAUCCAGAUCUAAGUCCAAAGACAAAAAGUCUGCUAAGGAACCUCUGAAGGAUUCUUUGAAGACUUCUGGUCAUGCUAAUGUCACUGUUGGGAUUCCAGCAAGUGGAUACAAUCCUGUUUUGGGAACAUUCCAUACAGCACCACUUUCCUCAGUUGGUCCACUUCAUGUGAAUGGUCGCUAUGGAAACAUAGACGAGACAGAUGAUCAAAGUGGGAUCUCAUUUGGGACUGGCGUUGAGUACGAUUCUGUUUCCAAUAAUGGUAGCUGGUCUGGUGAAUCAGAAGACCAUAAAGAGAAAUCAUCUCAUCAUCCACUGCAUCAAGAGUCAGUGCCUGGAGCUGACAAUGACAAACGAGAAAAAAUUCGCCAACAGAACGAGAGAAAACAUCAACGACAAAAGGAGAGGCGAGCUCAAGAACUACAUGAGCGAUGUAGUGGCUAUCUCAUGUCGAGGAAGCUAGAAGCUCUUGCACAACAACUUGUGGCUAUGGGUUUCUCUCAAGAAAGGGCAACGAUGGCUCUUAUUCUGAAUGAAGGCAGAGUAGAGGAAUCAGUUGCAUGGCUAUUUGAAGGAGGUGAAGAAGAAAAGCAGAGGGAACGGAAUCUUGACAGUGGGGGUAAUUUGAAAAUAGACAUAUCAGAAGAGCUUGCUCGUGUUGCAGACAUGGAAAUUAGGUACAAGACCUCCAAGCAAGAGGUUGAAAGAGCUGUAGUCACCUGUGAGGGUGAUCUUGAGAAGGCAGACGAAACAUUGAAGGCACAGAAGCAGGAGCCCCCUUCUACCCCUCCAAAGCCAGAAGAAACAGGUUAUCCUCCUACUGUAGUCAAUGGCAAGCCACCAGUGGCUAUUAGUCAGAAUGCAAUGAGACCACUAGCAAAACCUACUAUAUCUAAUACUGCACAAUUGAAAAGGGAUGGUAAAGAUUUAAAUGACACCAAAGUUCCAGUUACUGCUGUUUCUUCGGUGGAUCCUGGAAGCAAAAGUAUGCAGAUGUCGAAGAAAAUACAACCGAAAAUGGAUUGGACCAAAUUGCAACAGAUUGUCAUGCCGGCAGAGAAAAGGUGGCCAAAUGCAGGAUCAAAUCCUUCAGUUUCCCAGUCAUUAACACCACCUUUGCAGGCUUCGCCUCCAGCAGCCAAGACAGAAGCCUGCUGUGUGGCUGCUGGAAAUGUUUUGAAGAACGUGCAGACUGGAUCAGUGAGAGAACCAGUCAUGGUGAUGCAGCGACCCCAAUCCAUCAAUGUAAAGCAGGUUCCUACUUCAAGUGCUAGCUUGUCUACUCCUGGGACAGAUAUAGAUUGGUAUAAUGGCGUGGAAACUGUGAAGUCCAAUGGGUUGCUGCCACCUGUUCUAGGCAGAAGCCUUAUCCCCAAUGACGUGAGCUCAAAUCUAUUGUAUAAUAACCAACUAAAUUAUCUACCUUGUCAGCAAUUUUUGUCAAGCAGUGGCUCAGUGGAAUCCCAAGGAACUAGACAGGGAAAUGGUUUGUGGAGUACAUCAGGUACAUCUCCAACACUGGGCCCAGCUUCUUCCCUUGGACUGUUCUCUGGGCUUGGCACCAAUGGCUCAUCUGGUUCUUCAUACCUGGUAGACUGGAAAACAGGCAGCUCAACCUUGCAGUUAGAUUACACCAACAUAGACUGGAGUUUGGAUAGGAGGUCGUCUAUGUCUAGGCCUGGAGGGUUCUGGCCGAAUGAGAAUGCCUUUCGGGGAAACAGUACACAUGCUUACGAUUUGAUAACUUCUGGUCGGGGCAUCAAGACUGCUAUAAGACCCAUUCUGUCCAAUGGAAAUAGUGUUUUUAUUCCCGGGUUGCAGGACAGGGUGGCUUCUACCCAAACGACUACUGGUGGCUCUCGAGAAUGGACUUCUCCUUUUGAAGAGAGAGACAUUUUCAGUUUACCCAGACAGUAUGUUUCCUCUCCAUCUCAGUAA